GAUGACAAAACAACGACGACGUCAACUAGCACCGCAAAGCCGCCUUCAGAAUCCGCAGAAGCAUCAAAACCGACGACGACGACGACGUCGUCAUCUGGAGACGCGUCAGCUGCUCAGCAGGACGCUCUACAGACGCCGUCUACACCGAAAAAGAACAAGAAGGACAAGAAGAAGGAGAAGAAGAAGGAGGCGAAACAGACGCCACUCGGGAAUAACAAGUUUUCGGCGUUGCUCAAUGUUGAUGCUUAG